AUUUUCUCAAGGCAACGGUUCAGUCCCUCUCCACAUAUAAACAAGCUUUUACUUCUCCCUCCCGUGAUUUAAGCAUAUAGCAGCGUUUUCCUGUCCUCUUCUACCAAUCAGUUGCGAUGGACGGCCUCGUGCAUCAUUGCCUCCGUGAGCUUGCCUUCGAUGGAGAUCUAGGCUGUGAUGUUUCUCGUCUUCGCGAUUUUGUCAGCGAUUUCUUCUCGCAGCAUAUAGCCUCACUUACACAGAAUGUCGACGAGGCAUAUCUUGUGUUUGUGUGGUCUCUAAUUGUACAGCAGCCAACUGUGCGCAUAGGAGUGGUCCCCCCGGGCGUACCAACGGAAGUAUUUGUCGCUCCGCAAAAUAACAAGACAAAAGCAAGGGACGGGGACACGGAACCAGCACAAGUGACGCAAUUGGAUAUCAUCCCUGAAGCGAAAUCAAAAUCGUUGGCCGAGCUAAAGAUUCAGUACGGAGAUACCUUGAGGAUUGCCGUCGAUGGCGAAUCAUCAUUUGUCGCCAUUACUGGGCUGCAUCACAGACCAUCCAAACUAAGCCCCAUGGUUUAUACCGCGCUACAAUUAAUCACGCGCGGUCGCGAACGCGGCCUGAGCGUCGUAGAACUCGGCAAAAAAACUCAAUACGACCAGAAGACGUGCUUUUACCUUGUCAAGCAGCUCAUCGACCUUGAUCUCAUCGUCAAACUCCGCCGAGGUGGUGUCGGCUCGAAUUUUUGUAUUCACAAGCAUUUCUUCGAACGCAGUUCAUCAUGGAGAGAGAUCCGUGAUGAGGAGGCGCACGCGACUGCGGGACACGAAUCUCUCCAACUCGUGGAAGAGGGAGAUGACGUUCAAGGCGGGGAAUCAUCGUCUUUACGUGUUCAAUUUGAUCCCAUGGACGCUCGGCAUCUGUCAAGUCUUCCGCUCGUGCGGGCCAGGAUCAUUAAGCUAUUGAUGGCCUCAGAUAACAGAAUUCAUCCUGCUCAAAAUCUGCUAGUGACCAUCGGCUUUUCUAAUCCUACCAAAACCGAUCGUCGUUUCUUUCAAAACCGCCUCCGCGAGCUCGUAGAAGAGGGUUCGAUAGAAAAAGUCUUAGUCGCAAGUAGUAAUAAGCGCCUGCCAAAGGCGAAGAUCGCCUGUAUCAGAUUGGUACAGGAAGACGAAGCGGGAAGCGCGCAGCAGGGAGAAGCCAUCAACGUACCUCAGGACUCGGAGAAGGAAGGCCUCAAAUUGAAUAUUACGCUCCACAAGCAGAUCAUCAACGUUCUUGAAUCUACUGGCGCGUCCGGGCUGACUCUAAGCGAAAUUUCAUGUGCAUUAUGUAACUUCGACAAGCGCACUAUAGAGCUUUUAUUAAGCCGUCUGGAAGCUAACUUACCGCCAUAUCAUCUCAGUGACCUUGGCCUUGCCCAGCUCAUGGAGUCUCACGCUCGCGAACGUCGAUUCCGUUACUACACGAUCCCACACUGCCAAGCCGUAGUCAUCCGUGAUAAACUGGAUGCUUCGCGGAUCAAGUAUUGCUCUAUUGAUUGGUCUGGUGCAGGCGAGUUCGCACCGAUUACUGCAGAGAUGUUCUACCAAAGCGAAGAGGCCCUCAAAGACUUCAUGGAUGGCUUUCAGAGCAAAAGCAGUACUGCCCAACAAAACAAACUUACAGUUGGAGGAGGCAUUAAGAAAGGGAGGUCGGAGAAAGGUUCAGGCGCAAGGGGCCCUAGUAAAACCCAAAAGGGAAAAAAGCGAAAGAGAGACGACGGUCCAGUCGAGAGGUCAAGUUCCGUUCAGCCACCUCCAAAGAAGAGAGGACGCCCACCCAAAAGGCGUCCCGUUCAAGCCGACGAGAUCCUCACUCAGGAGUUGAUAGAUCGAGAUGCAGGCCUGCAGUUGCCCAACACAAUCGACGAAGAGAAUUCGGGCCCUACUGCCCCUCCACUGCCCAAGGUCCGUGAUCGCCCACCGAAAACUAGGCAGUUAACAAACGACAUUCCCCUUCGGCGCUCGCCGAGGAAAACAAAGGUUGUUGCACGGAGAGGACCUACAGACCAUCCGCCAAAUUUACCAGCUGAACCACGUACUCCCGUGCAGGUGAUUUCUCGCACUCAACAAGUGAACGAUGCAUCCUCGCAGGAAAUCUCAAGUGCUCUUGAGGCAUCUCCAGUUCUUAUGCAUGCUGAAUCGACUACUCCUGUCGGUCGAGAAGUCACCGUACUGACUUCAGCUGCUGCCACAUGCAGUGGCUCGUCCAACUUGAUGAGUAUUGACAUACCCAUCGAUCCUGCACUUCUCUCGGAAAUCCCUCAUGAAUUACAGGCCCCGACAACCUCCACGGGCAAUGUCUCCCAACUGCGUCGGGAGAAUGAACUCCUGAAGGUCCUUGAAGAGCUCCAGGGUAUUGGCAACGCCACCUCAAAGGAUUUUCUGGAUGCGCAUAUGUCUCUUGUCGAAUCGAUGGCGUCUGCAGGGGACGCAACCAGCAGUCUUCCUGGUAUUAGGGUCGACAAACGCACUCUAGACGCCACGCUCGACACUAUGGAGAGUCAUGGAGAUAUCAAGAGCCUCAAAACGUCUGUCGUCUUACCCACAGGAAGUAGCCGCCUUGUCCGUAUCGUUCACCUACCAUCUGUUAGUCAAGAGCAAAUCAAUGCGUUUCUCGCCGCUCUGGGACGCAACCUUUCUAUCACACAACAGCCUGUCAUACAGACAACUGAACCGACCUUUAUGACUGCCAAACCACUGGUCGUCCAACGUCCUGCCCUUCCCCUUCAGCUCUUACAAAGAGAUAAGCCAUCACUUGACUUGGAACGUUGGAACAGGAACGGAGAAAGAGCCAUGCAACUAUUUGAAUACGAUGACGCUACAAUCCGCGAAGUUCUUUUAACAGAAAAGUCAACUCUUUCUCAGAAAUACGGAUACAUUCUCGCCAAAGGGUUGAGAAUGCGCGCGAUGCACCUUUUUACUCUCAAAGCAUUUGAGACUGAACCUGAUUCUCCUUGGAUCGUAUCCACGGAUCUACGAAUUGUCCAUCUGUCAUUUUACACGAGCGACCUUCCCCUAGAUAUGUACUGCUCCCUGGUCUCGACUUUGGUACACGAAGAAGCAUUGACCCGACUCCUGGAGACCAGCGAAGGAAGGAAGGCGUUGGUCAGGCAUCUACCCCCUGCUCUCCACACAUCUCUACAGAUCGGGCGAUCGAGGCCACGUUCGCGGUUCCUCGAUAUGCUCCAUGCCCUCAUGUGCUUGAAAUUGGUGUCUCCUCUAAAAGUUUCAGAUGCGGAGGUCCCAACUAUUCGGUGCGCACCAAACGGGGAACAUCCACAGGCUUUCGAUGUGCUCGCCAAUGAAUGGAUUCCGGGGAGCCUUGCGUCAGCUCCUUUGUAUUGGCGUUUCAAUACGACCGCUCCUGUCCAUUUGUGGACCCUUUCGGGAACAUCCCCACCCUUCUGGAGAGAUAUGCCUGUUCAGUCCAGUGCUGCUGCUGCCCGAUUCUGGGAUGAACUUCAAAGGGCAUGCACUGAUUAUGCAUUUGCAAAGAAUGCAUCAUGCCCCCCUAUGUCCAGUUCAACGGGGCCCGCGUCUGUCGAUCCUGCAUUAAAGGGUUGGAUACGUCGCAAAAUGUCCUGGGAUGCCUCGUAUGACCUUACAUGGCAUCAGCGUGCAUACUUGCAAAAUUCUCUUGGUAUACACUUGGAGAAUCCUUUGCAGGAUCAGGAAAAUACGGUGGAUUCUUUAGAGAAGUUAUGUUGGGUUGUCAGCGCCCCGAUCGUCGUCGUGCGGGAGUUCUUAGACAAGGCGCGCACGAAACGGAGACAUGAACUGGAACGGGCUCGUCGUCGAAUCGAGAAACAAAAGGAGCAGGAUGCUGAGAAUGUAUCUGGCGCCAGGGCACCUCGUAGAACCGCCGCGGAAGCGAAGAGCUUGAUAGCGAAGAAAGCUGCCAUAGCCAAGGAGCAACGUGCUAAAGACUGGGACGAGCUCCUUCGCCGAGUUCAUCCUGACGUUCUAAAAGGCACGGCAGCCUCCAGAGUGGGUCGAGUUCGCACAAAGUAUAUGAAUGUCUUCACUGUCGGCAAAACCAAUUGGGAUGGCGAAAUUUCUCGGGCAAUCAAGGAGGCGCAGAUAGCAGCCGAGACUGUGUUGAUGUCUGCCCCAAUACUAGCUUUUGCUGUUGGUGCGAGGGCAGCUGUUCCUCCAGUCGUAACCAAUGCACCAGAAAAGUCGGUCGAGGAAUUGAUCACCAAGCAAGGGCCUCCGCGUCAGAAAGAAGAAUCAAAGCGCAAAAGGAGAAGUACGAAAGCUGAUGAACCUAGAGAGGAGCAGCCUGGAGUCAAGCGUCCCGGACGCAGACAUCGCUUUCAAUGGGAUCGGGACUUCGAUGAACUGGCCCGCGAUGCAUUCGUCAUUAUCAAUGCUCGUUGCCGAGGCAUGCGCCAGGAUCUGUCUGCCUUCGAUCAGGUAUUCCCUGCUGUUCCCAGAAAUUCCGUCAGACAGCGUGUGGGCCACAUGCGAGAAUCGCCGAGUAUGUUGACCUACCUGAAGCGCCUUGAAGAUAAAUGGUACACCCUUUGGCUGCAACAUCGAGGCACAGAGCUGUUGCCAGAUGCUGAUCCCAAAAGCACGUCCAAUUUUGACCUUGCGAAGCACAUAGAAUUUCUGCGGAGACACAUCGACAAGAAUGCCAUGCGUGUUGGAUAUGUGGAACGGGAUGCAAGUUUUGCUUUACCAGCAGACAUCAUGGGGCAAAGUUGUGAGUGGGCAAUUGAGGAAAAGUUCACUGUAACCCCUAUAUGGGAUGUCGUCUGGAACCUUAACGUUGAAGAGGGUCGCGAGAAAGCUAUGCUGCAGCAUCCCUUCACGACUGACGUUGAAGAGAUGCCUCCAACUUCGCACCUCGCCACUGACACCACUCACGUCGCCGAGUCUGCCCUCAAGCCAGGGAGAAUAUUCAAAAUAUCCGAGAUGAAUCAGAAUGCCAUCGGCGGAUCCAUACCUCAUGAUACUUUUCAAGACGCAUCCUCUUUAGAGGCGUCGUACGGAGAACAAGAAAUAGUUUGGCGAGAAUGGGAUCUUCUCAGCAGUGAUGGCGAUUUAGCAGCGUUGGUGCAGGCGACGUCGGAAGACAAAGUCGAAUUCAAGAUUGAUACCUCGCAGCCAAGAGCCGCCCGAGUCGCUAUCGAUUGGAACAGCAAGAAGGCUGGCAAGCACCCUCGCUUCACGUAUGAUGAUCAGAUCGAGCCUGCCAUUUUUGUCCAGUUUCACAUCGCCUCAGAAGCGGAUGGGCAGAGUCCCGUCCCGGUCUCUCAAAUCGACCCCGCGCUCAUUCCGCGCGCCGCCUCCAGUAAAGAAGGACAGCACGGUCAGACGAUGAGCGGUGAUAUUGCCUGCUGCAGCUUGACAAGUCGAACGGGCGUGACGGACUGUCAAGCGUGUCUGCAAACGGAACGAGAAUUGAUUUUUGCUAGGUUGAAUGCACGCGACCGGGACAUAAGCGCGCGCAUUUUGGCUGUUGUUCAAGCCGCUGAGGGGGCAGGCGUAUCGAAGAGAAGUAUUUUGGUGAGUGAUCAAGUUCUCAAUGUGCAUGGGUGA